UGGGCUGGGCUGGGCUGGGAGGCAGCCUCAUCCUCAUCCUCUGGGCACCUGAGCACAAGCAAGCAAGGAGCUGGGCUGGGCUGGGGACUAGAGACAAAAGCCAAGGCAGGGUAGUGGGCUGCGGUCCAGAGGGUCACGCCUCAGACACUCUUCUUCCUCCUCCUCCUUUUCCCUUUCUUUGAGGGAAGGCACUUGCUGCUGCUGCUGCUGUUGCUGCUGCUGUUGCUGAGAAGGAGAAGGUGGAGAGAGCCAGAGGAGGAGGAAGGUGAGCCAGUCCAUGGUUGAGCAGCCCUGAGGCGUCUGUCUGGAGAAGAAGGAGGAGGAGAAGCAGCCUCCAGCCCCUCGCCUGGGCAGCCCAGGAUGCGCCCUGCUCCUCGCUUCUGACCCUCAGCCCUGCCGCGAUGAUCUCCCCAGGGAACCAGCAGCACCAGCACCAGCACCAGCAGCAGCAGCAGGCGAACCAUGUGGUGGCCACCAUCGAGAACCUGCCCCCUGAGGUCUCCCGGAGCAGCAGCAGCAGCCUCUCCGCCCCGUCCUCCUCCUCCAGCCUCCGGCAGAGGGUCAGGAAAGUCUUGAACAGGGAGCUCCUGCUAUCUAUAGCCCUUGGUCAGGUCCUGUCCCUCCUUAUUUGUGGUAUUAGCCUGACCAGCAAGUAUUUGUCUGAUGAUUUUCAUGCCAACACUCCAGUCUUUCAGAGCUUCCUAAACUACAUUCUCCUAUUUUUGGUCUACACUACAACAUUAGCUGUUAGACAAGGAGAAGAAAAUUUACUGGCAAUCUUGAAACGAAGAUGGUGGAAGUACAUGAUCCUGGGGAUAAUAGAUAUAGAAGCCAAUUACCUGGUAGUUAAAGCUUAUCAGUAUACCACUUUUACUAGUGUACAGCUCCUAGAUUGUUUUGUCAUUCCAGUUGUGAUAUUACUUUCUUGGUUCUUCCUCCUGGUACGGUACAAGGCAGUACACUUUGUCGGCAUUGUGGUCUGCAUUCUGGGCAUGGGCUGCAUGGCAGGAACCGAUGUCCUGGUUGGAAGACAACAAGGGGCAGGUGAAAAUAAACUUAUAGGGGAUCUUCUAGUACUAGGCGGAGCUACUCUCUAUGGCAUCUCCAAUGUUUGUGAAGAGUACAUCGUACGGAACCUGAGUCGAGUGGAAUUCCUCGGCAUGAUUGGCCUCUUUGGAUCCUUUUUCAGUGGAAUUCAGCUUGCCAUAAUGGAACACAAGGAGUUAUUAAAAGUUCCUUGGGACUGGCAAAUAGGUUUGCUAUAUGUUGGCUUUAGCGCUUGCAUGUUUGGCCUCUACAGUUUCAUGCCUGUGGUCAUUAAGAAAACUAGUGCUACAGCGGUCAACCUCUCCCUGCUUACAGCAGACUUGUACAGCCUUUUCUGUGGGUUUUUUCUCUUCCACUAUAAGUUUUCAGGACUUUAUCUUCUGUCAUUCUUCACAAUCCUUGUUGGGCUGGUGCUGUACUCCUCCACAUCUACAUAUGUUGCCCAAGAUCCACGGGUGUACAAGCAGUUCCGAAACCCUUCAGGACCUGUUGUAGACUUGCCAGCCACUGGGCAGCUAGAACCUUCAGUAACGUACACCAGCCUAGGCCAGGAAACAGAAGAAGAACCUCACGUCCGAGUUGCCUAAACUCAGGCCUUUGCCACCCCUUGGCGGAGUUUGUAUCUCCAUUAUCUCUGUAUCAUUCAUAGAGAAAGGUAUUUACUGGAGGCAGCUACUCCGGUGGGCUGCAAGGUAGCAAAUAGAGAAGGCUUAUGAAAUUACAGACUAAAUUAUUUCUAAGUGUGCACGACUAAGAACAGUGAUUCUCAGUCUUUUGCUCUUCUAACUGGAGUUCCUCAGUAAGUUGGCAGCGGGUUACCUAGUGAGAAGUUCAGAAAUGGUGGGCAAACAUCCCUGUAAAACUGCUUGCCUGCUACAAAGCUUUCCUUGAAUUAUUUGAAGUCAGCAUGUUGUUAGGUACACACUCAGUUUGAUGACAUCCAACUUGUUUGGCUAAUGCCAUCUCUGAACUGAGUGUCUUCCUCAGACCAUACCCCUAGAAUCCUCUACAGUGUGCCGUGUUUCAUGGUGAAGGGUUCCUCUGCAUAUGUUGAUGUGGAAAGUUGGCAGAAUCAAGAUGGCUGCUGCCCAUUAUAUGCAGAGCAUCUCCCUCAGUUCUACUCAUGACCCUGGAAUUCCUGCCUUUGCCUCCUCUUGCCUCUUUCCCAAGACAAAAACACCUUUACACUAGGGAAUGGAGAGGCAGCAACAGGUGCUCCCAUUGAUCAGUGGAUAGGGACCUUUUCCACUGAGGAACCCAUGACUUUGUCGGCAGUGUCCAAGGAUCUUUGGCAGAAAAAUGCUCUCUGCUCAUCAGUUCCUAUGGUGGAUCAAUAUGUCUCCUUGGUGGCAAAUAAUCUGUGGAGUAGCUGUUCCUGCUGGGGAGCUGAGAUGUUUUGUGAGUGGGAAUGUUCAUCAGUGCCAUCUCUUUGUCCCCUCCUUCUUCCUCAAGAUAGGGGUGGUUUUGUGUUGUUUUGUUUUGUUUUGGAGAAGAGGAAAGGCAGAGGCAGGAAGUACUCUCAAAACAACCCCCCUUGCACUCUCAGGACUCCCUAAGAUACCCUGAGGGUGAAAAGCCUAGCAGGCAUUGGUAAUGAGAAGUCACUCAUGCAACAAGGCAAAAAUCUCUGUAAGUCACUCUGAAUAAUGUCCACAGAAGCUCAGAGUUCCAUAACAAGCAGAAAGGAUAUUUCUGCACCUGCUGUGCCCUGGCACUGCCAGGGUUAUAUGAUGCUUCAGUAAAGCCACAUUUGUAUACCAGGGGGCCUUUCACACUACAUAAUUAUAGCACUGUAAUUCCACUUCAGCUGCCAGGGCUGCAUCCUAUGGAAUCUUGAGGAUUAUGGUUUGUAAUUUGAUGAGGCACUACAAGAGUUGUGUGUGGCUAAGGAUUUUUAAUACCUCAUGAACUGCAAAUCCCAGGAUCCCAUAAGAUGCAGCCAUGACAUUUAAAGAGGAAUCAUAGUGCACCAAUUCUACAGUGAGAAAGGGCAAAGUUCCACAUCCACACAGACACUCUUAACCAGUCAUGGUUUGUUUCAUGAAAAGGCAAGUUAGUCACAAUGCCCAUACCCCAGUACCAUUUUGUACAUUCAGCCAUCUUAGCUUCCUGGCUGCUCCCUCAUUAAGGAGGGAGCAACCUUGCAAAUGUGAUGGAUUACACAUCCCAUAUUCCCCUGACAGAAGGUGUCAGGUUAGAGAAGGCUGCCCUAAGAAAUAAACCAUUCUGAGAAACCAGGAGAUGGACAUCUACCAACAUUCAUCUCUAUUCUAGGAAUAGGCUGAAAACAAAACCCUUUUGUAAAAAAAAAUAUUUACAUCUGUGAAAUUGUCAGACAUUCAUCUUUGAAAAAAAAUACAAUACACUUACAUGGCAAAGGUUUUCCAUUUGGUGACAGGGAAAUUGUAUUUCCACUCCAGUGUCUUAAUCUUGUAGGUGCAAAACCAAUUUCUGAUCUUUUUUAAAAAGAAUCUAUACUAAGAGGUACAUUUUUCUAUUUAGUUAUUUAUGCUGGACUUGUGCCUAAAGGGGAUGAGAAUAGGGUUCAGUUUUCUAGACUUUCUGCAUAUGAGCUGAACACAGUAAAUAGUCUGCUAUUGGCCAGACACAGUUUGUUCAGAAGUGUUACGAAUUCAUGUGUGUUUAUAGACCCUGCUGUCUACAUUUCUUAUGGAAGAACCCUAAUCUGUUCACAUUUCUUUUUCAAAACCUUUUUCUAUUAGCUCUUUUCUUUUUAAAAACAAAUAUAUUAUUUGCCACAUGGGACUCUCAUUUCCAGUGGUUAUAGUUGGGCUGCAAAUUAUAUUCAUUUUGGGCAUCCCCCAGCCAGUGAGUUCCUCACACUCAUGUGCAUUCCCAGGGCACAUAUCAUUCACCACUGUGUGAUGUAAUAUAACAAUUUCCCAACCUUCAGUACAUCACUGAGACAGUAAGCUCAGUACAGAUUGACUGGGACUCACACAUGAAUGGUAAAUUUGGUUUGAGAAAUCUGUCAUCUUACUGUUUUCAGUCCUGGAGCUUGGAAACCAUUUCCUCCUCUGCUGCUCCUAGAAUUUUUUAGCUAUGCAGUGCUGGCUCUAAGACUCUAGGAGCUGAAGUCCAAACAGUAACUUUUCUAAGCAUUGGUCAGUUCACACCUAGUGGCAAAGGUAAUGUGUAGCUACUGUAUAUAUUAAUGUAUAAGUCUAGAAAUUUAGGUUAAAAAAUGAUACCAAAAACCUGAAUUGACAUCCAAUACUGUAUCUUAACUCUUAACUCAGGAGAAAUCAUCCCCUGGUGAAAGGCAGGAGUAUAAUCUGUUUUGGAAGCACCAACCCUCUCUAUUCUCUUAUCCAUCCAGUGAUAAGAGUGAGCACACGCAUUGUGGCUGGAAUUUUGUAGGUUCUUUGACAUUGUUUUGGUUUGCUUCAUCCUUUUGGUGCUUUGCUAUAUGCCCCUAAAUUUUACCUUUGACUUAUCCACAGGUCAUAUCAAAAUCCAUAAUUUUUGCUCCCAAACUUGCCCUCAAUUUAUACAUGAGGUCAAUUUAUAGUUGAGUAUAUACAGUAGAUUCUUAAUAUGGUACCAGGAUUACAGAUUCUUUUUCUUCACCAACCUCCAUCUCUGAUUUAGAUUGUUCUGUGAUAAAUGACAUCCAACUAAUCUGAUUAAUUCAAAAUAUCAGUGCAGGAUCAUUUUCUACCACUGUUAAAAUUGGUUGGGAGAAAUGCACUGUGCAUUUCCCCUUUGCUCAGUUUAACAGAAUCUUCUGAAGGUUUCUUUCUCUCAAGGACACAAUGAAAUCCCUUUUCUAAUAGUUAUGUGUGCAAAAACAGUUUUUUAAAAAGAGCUUCAUAUAAUGGUAAUCAUUUGGAUAUAUUACAUCCUAAUCCAAAAUAUGUUUAUCUGGAAGAAAGAUUGAAAUGAGACUUGACAAUAAAUAUUUCUAGCAUUUGCAGAGUUAAGCCAUUCACAUGCAUUACAUUUUUGCCUGCAAACCAAACUUUAUGGUAGAGCAAGCCUCUGCAUUUGUGGUCUCUAUGGAUAAAGCAAACUUCAUGUUGCACAUACAAAUGUACAUUUGAAAGUCACAGUGAACCACUCUUUUAAAAUAUUAAACAGGUUUGACAUCCCAUAAUUUAAUCAUAAAGACAGCAGAGCGAAAGGGAACAUUUAACCUCUUAUAUACCCGACUGUUUACUCCUGAAAAAUCAUAUCCCUAUCUGCCAGUGAGGUCCCAGAUAGAUAUUUACCUUCACAAGGUAAAUAUAAUAAUUAUUAGAUCCUCUUUUGACAUUACCUCAUUGGUGUGGGAACUGCUGUCUGCUGGGUUGUUUUGUGGCAUAGAUAUCCCAAAUCACAGUAGAGGAGCUGCUAAACUGCCAGUGUUGCUCUAGCUACCAGAAUGACCCAGCUCAUAAUCCAACAAAAGGUCAGGAAUACUUGAAUGGACUUUAAAUAUUCCUCACUGUGUGCUGGACUGUGGCUCAGGGGAUUUUUUAAAUUAAGAGGCAAUACCCAACCAUCCACAAACACAUGCUAGAAUAAUCUUUGUCUGUCAGACUAAAAAUGUUGCAGAUUUCAUUUAGCUAGACAAGAUUUGUGUGCUCGAGUAGAAGCUUAACUGAAAACAAAAGUGUCAUUGAUUUCUCUAGAGCCCCUAUGUCUUAAAAGAAGCAGGGAAGGGAACUGUGUCAGAAUGAUAGGAAAGUGUUUUCAAGAGAUUUCCUUACAGUGGAAGGGUCAGAUAACUACAUUUACAGCUCAGUCUCCAGACGACCAUGGGAAAAUACUAGUUUACCUGCCUCUAGGGAAUAUGAAUAAAGAGAUGAGACUAGAAAGGAAUUGGAUAUUUCCCGAAUGAGCCUGAAAGUGCCAGCAAACAUUUUACUUAAAUCAUUAGCUCUCAAAAUACAGGGCUUGCAGUCCAUUCAAGCUAAAUGGUUGCCCUUUUGUGUCUUAAAAUUAUAUUAGCUGAAAACUUUAUUUCUGAAAAGAACUUGUCAUUAUUGAACAGAUUACUGUUUCCUCCUUGGGAAGAAUUGGAAGCAUGAUUUACAGUAUGGUCCCCUAAAAGCAUUGUUUUUCUGAGGAACAGAAAAUAUUGCCAUCUUGAAAAUUACAUGGAUUUUGAGUCUCAUCUUGGAACUAUGGUAAGGAAAUUAUAAUCCAAAUUCUCACCCAAUUCAUAUUGUGUUCAGACAUCAACAUGGGAGUGCACAUUCCUAGCUUCUCUGAGAAGGCACUCACAAUACUAAUUCCUUUUAGGAGUAGGAUUAUCUUGCAUAGAGCCUGGAUAAUUUUGUACAUCAUUUGUACAGCAUUUUGUAUGACAUCAUUUGUAAUCACCAAGAUCCUCACAUUUUACAUGCAGGUAAAAGAAUCUGCACUGAUGGCUUCUUAGUUAAAAAUUUCUCAGAAACAAGAUGUUAACCUGAUCCCUCCUCCUUGCACCUGAUCAGCAGGUGAACAGGCCUUUUUCUCUUGAUGCAGCUGCUGACUGUUAAGGUGGGCUGUGGGGGGGGGGGUAUUUUUUAUGAUUGUGGCAAUAGUGGCACAAUUGUGACCACGCAGUCUUACUGAUCAUGGAGCAGUUCCAGAUCUAUAACACUAGGUUACAAAUCCAUAACUGUAAUACAGAAUGCCAGGCCUAGUAUUUAACAGUGGUAAGUGCUAAGUGGGUAGCAGUAAUUAUCCCACAGUGCUACGACGAGGCCUUUAUUUUCAGCUUCAUUUCACAUACACACAAUUAAGUACAAACCAGUAAUUCUGUAGCUUCUAUAUAAUCUUCCGUAUCUGACUUCUGUGGCAAAAAUACUACAGUCUGCCUUGCAUCUCCCAUCCACUGUCUUCAGCUUCACCAGGAGGGCUGAAAUUCAUUACUGCACAGGACACCAUCUAAGUAAUAUUUGACAGGUAAGAAGCAGGACUCACAUCAGACCAAAAAACAGUUAUGUAGAUUCAGCUUUCAGAUAAUAUGUUUAGAAGUGGGAUGUUCUUGUUAGAUAAUCAUUCCUGCAUUUUGUGCAAAUGACUCUAGCAAGGUUCAACCCAAGCCCCGGGCAUUGCUUAAAGACCACUUACAUCCUUAACUUAGCACUUCAUUUAUGCUUAAAUAUUGGCUUGACUCCUCUGCUCAAGCGAUUCUCAACAAACAGAGGCUUCAAUUCUGAACAUGCUUAGAUACACCUAGAAUAUUAACUCUAGAACAGGGUUUACUUGUAUCCAAAUGUGUAUAGGAAAGGGGCCUUAAUUGUUUACUCAGGUUUCAAAUCAGGAGUCUACUGAUGGACAUUGCCAUCUCCCAGUCUUUUUUGCUACCUUUUAUACCAAUUAAAUACCUUUCUCUGAGUCAGCUGUUCCAUGUUUGAUCUUAACCACUUCUUGAAAAAUGUGUGUGUUUGUUUUCUGUUUAAACACAUUCAUUUGCAUCUUUGUUGGGGCUUUAUUGAGGACCUCUAUUUUUGGUAUUUAUUUUGUAAGCCAAAUGUUCUUGUAGGGUUUUUUCUUCUUUAAAUAUCUCAUUUUUAUGACACUAAUUUGUAGAUGAAGUCUCAACGAAAACAAACUGGAUAGAAAUCAGUGUAUCAGUCAAGUCACUGACAAGAGUUUUUAUCAAAAUGGGGUUGGAAUCUCUAGAUGGUUAAAAAACUGCAAUAUGGAGUUAUUUUUCUAGGAUGUUUCAUAAAACUCCAUUGUACUGGGGACACAGGGAUAUGCUCAGAGAUGAUCUGUUCACCUAACAAAACUGUAUUCACUCACAUCACUGAGCCCAUGACCCUAUGAAGCUGCCUUAUACUUAGUCCAAUAAUGUUUACUCUGGCUGGCAGCAGCUGUCCAAGAUCUCAGGAGGAGGUUUAUCAGUCUAUAGGGUCCUUUACCCAGAGCUGUUGGGAUGUAAUCCCUGCACAUCCCCAUGGAAAUCAUGUGUUUUGCUGCUGAGUGGUUGUCUUUCCUUAGUGAACAUGAUCAACUAUUAGGGCAGGUAAACUGGAGAUUGUUUAAAUUUACUGCCUCCAAUUAAAGAUCUAGUUUGUCUAUUUAUGUAUAACUUAAAAAUCUUACAAUGAAUUUGUAAGUCUUAUAUAAUGGGAGCAAGGGCCAUCAAUGAAAUCUAUUUUUUCUAAUAGUUUGAUUUCUUGCCAUUCCAAGAACUGCAAUGGACACCAGCAAAGACCCUUCUGUCCAGCAGGUAGCUAUACCACCAGCUAAAAUCAAUGACUUCAUAUGUACUGUAUAGGCCAAUUCCUUGAAGAGAAACAUGCCCAGCUAUCUUGUUGGUGCUGACUGUAUAUUAACAAGACAUCUCAGCUACUGGAUGAAAACUGCAGUGACCAGCUCAGUUUUUCUACAAUGGACUUAAAAACACAAAUACCAACAAGGACAGACCAAGUAAUUGACAUCUUGCACCACUGUGUCAGAUGAAGAUGCUUCAGUGUAUAGUUUAGGUAUUGCUAACUUGUGCCAUUAACAUUUUCAACAAGUGUGUAGUAUUUUCUCUUUUUUAAAAAAAAUUGUUUUAGUAUUCCUGAGCUAGCAACAUAAAUACAAAUUUUACCCCAUGGGUAGGAUUUUAAUUGUUAAAUGCCAUAAUAAAGCACAUUAGUUUUGACACAAAUUAAAGUACAAACCAAAACAACAACAAUGUCCAACAAUUUUCACUGAGAACAAAUUAUCUUUUGUUUCGAUAUUUGCAUGCUCCAACAUGGACUGGCUGUGGCAAUGUAAUGCCUGUAUAAUGUUUUCAAAUAAAAAGAAUACAUCCUUUA